GCCAGACGCGCGGAGGGCCUCCCUGUCCUGUGACUUUGCGUCGCCAGUGAUAAUUUCCAGAUUACUGUGUAGGAGCGUCUGGCCCACGAUCGUGUGCGGAAGACCGAGAGAGGGAGUGUGCGUGUGAGCCAGUCAGGCCGGGCGGGUCCAUAUCCGGGGGUGGGUGGGGCCGCCCCUCCCCUCCCUCCAGGUCCCGAGGUGGAUAGGGGGUGGGGAGUGACGCGCUGAGAUUCCCUUUCGCCCCUUCGGAUCCUAGAGAGCGUGGCAGAAGGAAUGCGAGGGUGACUUGGCGUGGAUUUAGGGCGUGCCCACCUAGCAGAUCGGCCUCCUAGAGUGUCCCCAGGGCCUGAGACGCCGCGGGGACAAGGAGGAAGAGGAGGAGGAACCCGAAGAGGGCUCGCCUAGCCGGGCACCGGCCCCGAACUUGCCCGGGAAAGUAGUGCGGAGGGAGGGGCCGGCCCUGGCCGCGGCGGGAGGAGGGGCGGUCGCAGCUGCAUCCAGCCCCGUUGGCUUCCUUCCCAGCUCUCCUUCGCCUCCUCCUCCUCUUCCUCCUGUAUGAGUCAGGCAUUUCCCGGGGAUUUGGAGCAGCCACGCGCGGCCCGGGCGCUCGGAGCUGUAUCAGCAGCCGCCGCCGCCUUGCCGGGGCCGCCACCGCGGCGGGCACCCGCGUCCCGGGCGCGCACGGAUCAUGGAGAGGGCGGCCCAGGGCGCAGACGGCGGCGGGGGCAGCAACAGCAGCAGCCGCAGCAGCAGCCGUGCCACCUCGGCGGGCUCCUCGCCCUCCUGCUCUCUGGCGGGCCGGGGGGUCUCCAGCCGGUCGUCGGCAGCCGGGCUUGGUAGCGGGGGCAGCCGCAGCAGCCCGGGCUCGGUGGCCGCUAGCCCGUCCGGGGGAGGCGGCCGCAGGAGGGAGCCGGCGCUCGAGGGCGUGCUCAGCAAAUACACCAACCUCCUCCAGGGCUGGCAGAACAGUGCUUUCCUGAAGUAUGCAUCCAGUUCUUUGCACAGUUCCAGGCACGUGGAACAUACUCUGAAAAGGUACUUCGUGCUGGAUUUCGAGGCUGGCAUCCUGCAGUAUUUUGUGAAUGAGCAAAGCAAACACCAGAAGCCGCGUGGAGCCCUGUCUCUGUCUGGAGCCAUAGUGUCCCUGAGCGACGAAGCUCCGCACAUGCUGGUCGUGUACUCGGCUAACGGAGAGAUGUUUAAACUGAGAGCUGCUGAUGCGAAAGAGAAACAGUUUUGGGUGACUCAGCUUCGAGCUUGUGCCAAAUACCACAUGGAAAUGAAUUCUAAGAGUGCUCCAAGCUCCCGAAGCCGAAGUCUCACUUUGCUCCCCCAUGGAACACCCAAUUCUGCGUCUCCCUGUAGCCAGAGACACCUCAGUUUGGGGGCCCCCGGUGUGGUCACAAUCACGCAUCACAAGUCGCCUGCAGCCGCCCGAAGAGCCAAGAGUCAGUAUUCCGGCCAGCUUCACGAAGUCAGAGAGAUGAUGAACCAGGUGGAAGGGCAACAGAAGAACCUUGUGCACGCCAUCGAGUCCCUGCCAGGUUCUGGCCCCCUCACUGCCUUGGACCAAGACCUGCUCCUCCUGAAAGCUACCUCUGCUGCCACCCUUAGCUGCCUUGGCGAGUGCCUCAAUUUGUUACAGCAGAGCGUGCACCAGGCGGGUCAGCCCAGCCACAAACCAGGAGCCUCAGAAAACAUCCUGGGAUGGCACGGGCCCAAGUCACAUUCCACAGAGCAGCUGAAAAAUGGGACACUUGGCUCUUUGCCAUCAGCCAGUGCCAACAUAACCUGGGCAAUUUUACCAAAGUCCACUGAAGAUGAACAAACCUUACAGCCAGAGCCAGAGCCACACUCAGGCUCUGAAUUGGUUUUGUCUGAAGAUGAAAAAAGUGACAAUGAAGAUAAGGAAGAGACGGAAUUGGGCGUCAUGGAGGAUCAGCGUAGCGUCAUUCUUCAUCUCAUUUCACAACUCAAACUCGGAAUGGAUUUGACCAAGGUGGUGCUUCCCACCUUUAUCCUGGAGAAACGGUCUUUGCUGGAGAUGUAUGCAGAUUUUAUGGCACACCCAGACCUACUGCUGGCCAUCACCGCUGGGGCCACACCAGAGGAGAGAGUCAUCUGCUUCGUGGAGUAUUAUCUCACAGCCUUUCAUGAGGGCCGCAAGGGCGCGUUGGCCAAGAAGCCCUACAACCCCAUCAUAGGCGAGACGUUUCACUGCUCCUGGGAGGUUCCCAAGGACAAGGUCAAACCUAAGAGGACUGCUCCCCACUCUCCUGCUGGCUGUCAUGAACACCCGACGGCCGAUGACCCUUCCAAAAGCUACAAACUAAGGUUUGUGGCUGAGCAAGUGUCUCAUCACCCACCCAUCUCCUGCUUCUACUGUGAGUGCAAGGAGAAGAGACUGUGCGUCAACACUCACGUAUGGACCAAAAGCAAGUUCAUGGGCAUGUCCGUGGGGGUCUCUAUGAUAGGGGAAGGUGUGCUGAGGCUCCUGGAACACGGGGAGGAGUACGUGUUCACCCUGCCUAGUGCCUACGCCCGGUCCAUUCUCACCAUCCCGUGGGUGGAGCUCGGAGGAAAAGUCAGCAUCAACUGUGCCAAGACUGGGUACUCAGCGACGGUGACAUUCCACACAAAGCCUUUCUAUGGAGGGAAAGUCCACAGGGUUACCGCGGAAGUGAAGCACAAUCCAACAAACACCAUUGUUUGUAAGGCCCAUGGGGAAUGGAACGGUACUUUAGAGUUCACCUACAGCAAUGGAGAAACCAAAGUCAUCGACACAACGACACUGCCAGUGUAUCCCAAGAAGAUCAGACCUCUCGAGAAGCAGGGGCCCAUGGAGUCCAGGAACCUCUGGCGGGAGGUGACCCGAUACCUGCGGCUGGGGGACAUUGAUGCAGCCACCGAGCAGAAGCGGCACCUGGAGGAGAAGCAGCGGGUAGAGGAACGGAAGCGCGAGAACCUCCGGACACCGUGGAAGCCCAAAUAUUUUAUCCAGGAGGGCGAUGGCUGGGUAUACGUCAAUCCCCUCUGGAAGGCACACUGAUGAGGUGGAGGUGCAGAGCUGCCCAGUAUAGCCCUGCUUUUGUAGGAAUAGUAAAGUAGUAGAGUAUCAGGGUUUUGUUGGCAUUCACUGAGACCUUGUAUUAGCAUUCAAGACAUAACAGAAAUUAAAUACUAGGAAAAGUGCACCCCCACACUCUGCUAGAGGAAUGAACUUAUUCAAGAGCCAUUUGGGGCGUGUGUGUGUACACACGGUAUAUGUUCACACGCAUGCACUAUGUACACAUCUGAGUAUGAUUAUACAUGUAAAUACUGCACUCGCCAAGGUUGAAGUGGUUAAUCAUGAGCUCCUUUUUAUCAAUGAAGUUUGAAGUUUUCUAUUUUUCACUUUGCCAAAAAUGUUUUACACUCACAAAGAUAUUCUCACUUAGUCAACUCCUGUCAGAAUGAAGGUGACCUGGCGUGGCCCAAUCACCAUCCAUAUGGGAGAAAGUGGCUCAUUCCCGGUAGACGUAUGGGUGGCUAUCAUUUCAAAAUUAUUGUCAUUCUCACCUCCCUCCCCACCUCAGUGUUCUGUCUCUACGCACGCAAGAAAGAUAAGCAACUGUUUCCUGCUGGGUGGGGGUUGGAAGGAAGCUGGUAAGGAUUUAUGCCAGAGCCUUGCAGGAUGGAGCACCCCGGGAGAACUCAGAGCCAAGGCCCACCAAGUACUUUUCCACCAUCUCUAACGGUCACAGCGCUAGUCAUACAUUGUUAAGAAGUCGCUUCUUUUACAUCAGAAAACCAAUCAUAUAGAGACUUCUUUUAUGAUGAAAAAGGGCUUUAGAAGUUAAAUACACGCAUGCACAUGCAAAUAUGCACAACCACAGCCUCAAUCUUGUAUUUAGUUUGGGGAAAGAGAAGAGAAUUUCCUGUGGAUUUUUUUUUUUCCUCAAGUGCACCUCUCUGGUUGACCCAAACUCUGCAAGAAAGCACUGUGAUUAAAACAUACAUAACGCCUGCACAUGUUCCAUGGUUUCAGUUAAAAGUUAUCCUUUAGCCUUUACAAACGAGGGCAAAGAAGUGACCAAAAUGCAAAGCAAGGGAAAAAUGAAAUAUCUGGUUUUGCUGAAUGCCUAAUUUAUUUUUUACUGUGCCACUCCAACGAUAUUUAUAAAAUCCAAAUAGCAUGAAAGCUUCUCUGUAGUAAUACUAAUUUUGUGCCUUUUGUCUGCUUUCUUAAGACCAGUUGUUCACACUUUGUAGAUAUUAGACAAAUAUAUUUCGAUUGAAUACUU